AUGCUGGCCUCUUCGACAACAUCGCUGGCCACCAGGCAUCUGCUCGGCGCAGCCGCUGCCCGCUCCGCCCUCGCUUCGGCCGCCACAGCGAGCACCAGCCGCGCCUCGGCCGCCCUCGUACCCUCCGCUCGAUCGUCUCUGCACUCUCUCGCUUCGUCCUCGGCUUCGUCCUCCGCAUCGCCCUCGUCUCCGUCGCUCACGAGGCAUGCCGCCACCCGCGCCCGUCGUCCCGCCCUCUCCCCGGCCGCUCCCGCCCUGUCCCGGCAGCAGCGCCGCACCAUGUUCAUCCAGACCGAGUCGACGCCCAACGAGGACUCGCUCAAGUUCCUCCCCGGCCAGAAGGUCAUGGAGUCGGGCACCGCAGAGUUCCUCGACACGCGCUCCUCGAUGAAGUCGCCCCUGGCAAAGCAGCUCAUGCAGGUCCCCGGCGUCGUCUCGGUCUUCUACGGCCCCGACUUUGUCACCGUCUCCAAGGACGCCGACCACAACUGGAGCACCCUCAAGCCCGAAAUCUACUCGGCCAUCAUGGAGUUCUUCACCGCCGGCCACGCCCUCUUCACCGACCCGGACUCGCAGCAGGGCAGCAGCGACACCGUCAUCCUCGACACCGACUCCGAGGUCGUCGCCAUGAUCAAGGAGCUCCUCGACACCCGCGUCCGCCCCGCCAUCCAGGAGGACGGCGGCGACCUCGAGUACCGCGGCUUCCAAGAGGACGGCGACGGCAUCGUCCGCGUCAAGCUCAAGGGAAGCUGCCGCGGCUGCGACUCGAGCACCGUCACCCUCAAGAGCGGCAUCGAACGCAUGCUCAUGCACUACAUCCCCGAGGUCAAGGGCGUCGAGCAGGUGCUCGACCAGGAGGAGGAGAUUGCCCUCGACGAGUUUGCCAAGCUCGAAAAGAAGCUGCAGAAGGAUCGCCAGAGGGAGGAGCAGAUGGGCUUCUCGGCCUGA